GUGGCCGUCGAAGCGUCUCAAGGUGUCAGCGAAUGGGAGAAAACAAAUUGUCUGACGUGUCGGAAAAUUGUAGUUAAAAUCACAUUUUUAUUGAAUUUAGCAGCAAAAUGCAUACAGUUCUCACUCGUGGAAAUUCCAUCCUUGCCUAUUCUCUCAGUGUUUUGGCUUGUUUAACUUUUUGCUGCUUCCUAUCGACAGUUUUUCUCGACUACCGGACAACAGCUGUAAUCAACACCAAUAAAGUCAUUGUUAAAAAUGUCCCGGACUACAGUUCCUCGCGUGAAGUUCGCGACUUGGGCCACUUAACAUUCGAUUUGCAUACGGAUCUCACAAAUCUGUUCAAUUGGAAUGUUAAGCAGCUCUUCCUCUAUCUCACUGCGGAGUACAAGACUCCGGAGAAUGAGCUGAAUCAGGUGGUUUUGUGGGACAAAAUCAUCCUUCGCGGUGAAAAUGCCGUGCUGGACUUCUCCAACAUGCACACAAAGUACUACUUCUGGGAUGACGGAAAUGGCCUCAAGGGUCACCAGAAUGUCACAUUAACCCUUUCGUGGAAUAUUAUUCCAAAUGCUGGUCUCCUGCCCAGAAUAUUUGCCAUCGGCCAGUAUUCAUUUAAAUUCCCUCAGACUUAUACCAUGUCUCCGGUGUAGGAUCGUUCCGGAUGAUUGGGAGAAAUGCAGUUGUAUUCUAUCUAACAGCUGUUGAAUAAAAUCUUAAUUCCAAUUCCA